CUGAGCAUCUCCUUCCAGCGGAGUGUCGGCGGAGGAGCCGCUCAUAGUGACCCGGGCUGAUCUCGGUGACAGCUCCAUCACAUUCCUCUGUGCGGUGGAUGUCACCUGUGGAGCGGCCGUCCCUCCCCCACUCACACACACCGGUCCGGUACACCUGUACACAGCGGAAGUGAGCUGACAAUCACACCGGACAAGGUCACUGACUGGACGAUGGUCGCCGCUCGCUGAAGUCAGUUAGAAGCCCCGCUCGCCGCCAGCAUGGAUCCCGGGGUGGAGGUGUCGGUGUGGCCGAUGUGCAGCAGGAGUGUUUCGGAGGAGGAGGAGAGGGAAUGUCCGCUCCGGGGGACCGUGCAGGGACUCCAAGCCGAGAUGGAGGAGUUCAGGCGCGGGGUGGAGAGGCAGCUGGAGGACGUGCUGCGCCUGGCGGGGCCCCUCUCCCGGUCUGUCACCGACCUGCAGAGCGAGAACCGGAGGCUGCGGGAACAGGUGGACAAACUCAGCCGCCAGGUGGAAGUACUGAGCCGGGCUGCGGGGCUGAGCGGGGACGGACAGACCAGGUACUCCAGCCAUGCGCUGCUCUCCGUCUCCACCAAGGCGGCUCAGAGCGUGGUGCCAGAGGUGCACAAUGAUGAAACUGCAAGAGAAACCAGCAACCAAGUUCUUGAAAAUGGACACCAAUCAAUCUCUGAAAAAGUUAAACCCAGACAGGAUUUACCCUCGGCUGCAGUACAAGAACACUUACCUACAACGUCUGUCAGAAAGGCACACAUGCCUGUCACUGCAGUGACCAAAGUAUGUGGAGAUUCUCAUUCCAGCACAGCCAAUGGCAGUAUUCGUUUGCAAGCCCCAGAACCCAAGAGUCCCCCGGAAAUGUCACAAAAACAAAAUAUCACACAAGGUGCUGUCAGGACAUGGAAUGCCAGCAUUGUCAGGACAAUGGGUGUAACAACAAACUCCGAAAAGAGCGCAAGUUCGGCCAAAACCACACAGAGUUAUAACGUUUCAAACUCCCUUAUCAGUGAAAGCACAGAUCGAUAUUUUGAUGUCACCCCCAAAUCCCAGUCUCCCCCACCUGCUUUGAGUCGCCAAGCUGAGAAGAAGCGUGAGCUGGUUAGGUCUCAGACCCUGCCAAGGUCUUCUGGCACGCAAGUUCGCAAGGCUUUCUUUGAAAAGUUUGAACAAGACAGUGGGAAAGGCAAGGGGGAAUCCAAGGUGAAGCUGAAAAGGUCUCAGAGUUUUGGAGUAGCUAGUGCCAGCAGCAUUAAACAGAUCCUCUUGGAAUGGUGCCGAUCCAAAACAAUUGGCUACAAGAAAAUUGAUCUACAGAAUUUUUCUUCGAGCUGGAGUGAUGGCAUGGCUUUUUGUGCCCUUGUACAUUCAUUCUUCCCUGAAGCCUUUGAUUACGAUGCUCUGGAGCCUUCAAAUCCAAAACAGAACUUUGAACAAGCAUUCUCCACAGCUGAGAAAAUGGCGCACUGCGACCGGCUCAUUGAAGUUGAAGAUAUGCUGAUGAUGGGCAGGAAGCCAGAUCCCAUGUGCGUGUUCACCUAUGUCCAAUCUCUCUACAACCACCUGCGACGUUUUGAGUGACUCUUCUGCCAGCGGAGCCUGCUCCUGUCAGGGUAUCAGGCCAGCAGUGCUGGCGAUUGCCAGGAUCCUUUGCCCUUUUCUUGAUUACAGCAGCCACCAGCCUGACAAUGGAAGACACACACGUGUUCCCAUCCAUCUCUCCCCCACUGACAAUACUAUGGCCUGCCUCAGGCAGCAUGACAAGCGAGAGACAGAUAACACAGGAAUGUCCACAGGGUGCUGGGAACACUCUGUUUGUACAAAACCAUUUACAGUUAAUGCUUCACACAAGAGGAGCUGGGCGUGUUGGUUUUGUCACCUCUCAAGCUGUUUUGACAGCAUUUGCACCUCUCCCUGAAUGACACCCUGGUGUCUCAUUGUCUGGCCAGCUGAAAGACACAGAGGAGCAGACAAGGAAAUGGACCCAGAGACUCAGGUGUAUAUUAUCAGCCAGUCAGUGGUGUCACCAUCAUUCUGGAGAAGACCCAGUCAAAUUACCAUUGUGAAGAUUAUUGCACUGAACUUUUACUUACAAACAGAUGUCCUAGCUUAAUAGUUUCUAGCACUGAUUUUUUUUUUUUUCAUUUUUUCCUGUGCAAGUGUGGAGGGCACUCCAGUCUUCCAGGAUGAGUCUGUAUUUAGAUCCACUAUGAACAUUUGUUUUAUUAUUAUUUUUAAUAGGAAGUUAAUCUUCCUGUGUAAUUUUAGCUGUUUGCUUUGAUGCAGUGCAAUAAGGGAGACACUAUGGACUAAAGUGAUCUUAAGUAAGCGUGAACCAAAGAACUAAUGCUAUUUAUCCGUGAGCAAGCUGUGUGUCACUAUUAUUCGCACUACUACUUUAUCACUUCUGUAUGGGUUUUACACUUGAAAUCAUGUCCGAAUUCAUUUUUUACUAAUCCAGAUUUCUAGAGCCUGCAACAUUUUAUGGAGCUAUUUGGGUGAAUUGUUACAACCAUGACUGAUAAAUGGCAGUCUUUAAGGCCUCUUGUAAAUGGCUACUAGAAGCAUGCAUUCAGGCGUAUCUCCCUGCCCAAGAGCGAUGUACAUCUUGAAGCUACUUUUCUACAGGUAUAUACCCAAAUCCCAUUGUUUAUAUACCUAGCAGAACUUAUGCAUUGCCAUGAAUGCAGGCCCCUGUGUUCGAGACAGUGCUCAAGUCCCGAUACACGUGUAAGCAAUGGAAUUUACGUAUAUCCCUGCACAGCCGUGGCUUCUGCCAGCCUGUAUUACAUGUGUACAGGUUGGUUGUACCCAACUGUAUGAUCUACCUGUCACUCCCAAGCAGAAAAAUACUCCUGAAUGUGUGUUGUAUAGCAUCUUGCAGCCGUGUGCGAAAGGCCUAAAGGAAAACCAUAUUAAGAUAGAUAUGUGGACUGCAGACGAGCUCCUGAAACUGAUGGUUCAAUGUUCAUCUAGUGGUUUCAAUCUAUUCAGACACCGUCUCAAACCAAGUACACAAUUUAGCAAAUGUCACUUGUUACAGGUCAGUGUCUUGGAAGGCCAGUCGACAGGCCAGGUAACUAGCGUUUUAGAAAGCAGCCAGGAAUAGCAAAAUUCAUACCUUCUGUGCAAGUUUUCUUUAAUGGACAGCACAAAAUGUUUUCUAAGUCAGUGCAGAGAGCAGCCAUUGAUGUGAAAGUACAGCAAUUCAUAUCAGCCAGAUUUUAGACUUAUUGCUGGACAAAUUAAAGGAAGAGAUGGCUCCAAUUCUUAUGGAUUACUUACAUUAGCGCUGCUCCCUGCACUACUUUUGAAUGGUAAAAGGACAUACCUGUGCUGAAAUUUUAGGUGCACAUAUUUUAGAGAACUGUUUCUGAAUGUUUGUUUUUACUAUGAUGAUUUUACCUUUUUGUUUUUAUUGUUUUACUAGUUUUCCACUUGGCACAAUCACAUGUAAAUCAUUACUAAAAGCAUUAAUUUGCAUAUAUCGCCACUUGGUGGUGCUGUAUUAGUUUUAUUUGUAUUAAGUUUUUAUGUUGUAAACAUGUUGUUUUGGCAAGUUUUGAAGGAGAUUGAACAAAUGCUAUUUAGCGCCUUUUACGGAUAAAUAUAUUGUGAAGUUUUGUUUCUCACUGGCUGCAAUUAAAGAAAAAUGGCAAUGAUGUGA